UGGUCUGUCGUGGGUAAGCGCAACACCGGCGCGGUUCCGUCCCAUUCCGCAAAUUGCCAACUUGGGCUCGCAUCUGAUCAUCUUGUACAAUGGUUAAGGUCUUUCUCGCCUUGAGCACCGCCAUGGUAAUGACCGCCCCCGUGGCCGCGUCUGUAUCUGUGAGCUUUGUCAACUCGUGCUCAUACUCGGUCAACCUGUACGACAACAGCAAGACCGAGACCAUCGCGGCCGGCAGUUCCACGUCGCGUGAUCUGGCCAGCGGCUACAACGGCAUGUUCCGUGACGGCACUGGUGACGAGGCCACCCUCGCGGAGUUUUCCGUCUCGGGUGGAUACACUUGGUACGACAUCAGCGUCAUCCCGCCUGGAAGCGGUAGUUGUUCGUCUUACGAGGCUUGCAAGGAGCUCACGGGCAAGUCCGGCUACAACGUGGCCAUGAGCAUCGCGCCCGACACCAGUUCGACCAAGUCCGUCUCCAGCUCCUGUGCUACCCUCACCUGCGAGAGCGAGCAGUGCUCGGACGCCUACCUGUACCCGUCGGACGAUACCAAGACUCACAGCUGCCCGGAUACGCUCCCGUUCACCGUCACCUUCUGUCCCGGCGGAUCCAGCUCCAGCACAACCACGACGUCGUCUUCUGCUCAGUCGACCACCCAGCCAACGACUCAAUCAACCCCGACGACGACAGCUCCGGCCGCUACCACGGCGGCUCCGGAGGUUCAAGGUGACUACAAGUCGGGCACGGUGACCACCUCGUCGGAAAGCACCACCACGGCUCCGUCAACCAGCAGCACAUCUACGGCUACGCAGACUUCGACUUCAACUUCGACCACCUCCAAGACGAUGUCGACGGGCAGCUCCGCGUCGUUCUCCAGCGCCACUAUCAGCUCCAGUUUCGUGUACAGCGGAACGGACGCUGGUUCCGCCACCGGUACAUACGGCAAGGUGACGGAGAUGUCUUCGUGCACGACGGAAACCGUGUCGGUCAGUGACCCCGUCGGCCCGUUCAGUGAGGAGGUGUCUAUGGUCUUCCGUGGUCCUAUGAACAUUUACAGCAUUGCCGUCUUCAACGCCACAUCAGGCAGCGACUGGACCAAGGUGUCGUCGUACAGCCAGAACGGCACCCAGGAUAACAUGGUCUUCAUGAACAACCUGAACAUUGACUACACAGGUGCCGACUCGAGUCCUCAGGGAUACUCGACGGACGAUGGCUCUGGCACUGCCACGAGCUCCACGGUUUUCGGUGGUUCGCUGGCUGACGCGUCGGACGCGUCCGUGACCGGCGGCGGUCCGUGCGUGUCAACCGGUUGCGAAGUGAACAUCAUGACUGAGACCAACUGUGCCGACCAAGAUGGCUGCAUUGGAUACUACGAUGAUAUGGGAUUCCACGGCUGGGAUGGCGGCAUGAAGAUGUUUGUGACUAAAGUGCAGAUGCCGACGGGUUCGUCCGUCAACCGCCCGGCCAUUUGGAUGCUGAACGCCCAGGUUGUACGUGCGAACCAGUACGGCUGCAACUGCCGUGGCGAAGGCUCGGAAGGAGGAUGCGGUGAGCUCGACAUCGCUGAGGUCAUUGAGACCAACACCGACAAGGAUAAGGUGUCCACUCACUACUAUUUCUUUGACGGUAGCGUGUCUCCGGGUGGUGACAACUACGCCGCGCGUCCCACGGACUCUACGGUGACGUACGUUACCAUCAUCGACAACUCGAGCACGGGUACCAUCAAGAUCAUUGAGCUUGGUGGCGACGACUUCGACUUCGAUGUGGACGCUGUGUCGGCUGACCAGGUGACGUCGUGGAUUGAGGCUUCGGUCGAGAACUUGCUGAGUUAAUGCCUGUAUGUACAGCGUCGCGGUAUGUUCCCCACUAGUUGCAACUAAUAGAUGAGGGUCAUGCUGUGUCUCCUUUCCUCUAAUUCGUAGUAAAUUGAUAUCUAUACAGAAUUUUGACUUCUACGCUUUUUGAU